CAUUGAAUCUUAGCGACGGUUCACUUCUUGAUCUUGUUCGGGUCGUGCCAAAGUAGUGGUUGAAGUUCAACUUUGAAUAUCAAGCACUCUUUAACUUAAAAUAUGUCUAUUUUAACACCACCUUCACCAAUAUACAAAUCAAACCUUAGACAGUCUAAACUGAAUAAUCUACCAAACCCCCAACAAAAUCCAUUGGCCAGCUUAUCUGCUGCGUUCAUUUUCAGCUUAUUCAACUGUCCAUUGCACUCAACAAACUACAAUAGCCCGAGUUUAGAUAACUUUAUAGCAUACGCAAUGUACAGAACUCAGCUAUCAGCUGACGUUUGCUUAUCCGCAUUGGUCCUUUUACACAGGCUGAAAGCAAAAUUUCCAAACGCCACUGGUAGUGCUGGACAGCGUUUAUAUUUAGCUGCAUUGAUGAUUUCUAGUAAGGUCAACAACGAUGAUACUUUCGCUAACAGCUCAUGGCAUAUCGUCGCUAGAGGUCAAUUUACUCUUAAAGAAAUCAACCAAAUGGAGAGGGAAUUAUUCGCUCAUUUGGGAUAUCAAGUUACUGUGAAUGAAUCGGAAAUAGAUAAUCUUAGUUAUCAUUUACAAUCGUUCCAAUCUGCGCUUUAUCAAACUCCUCCUUCAACUCCUUCUGCAUUCAAGAGACAAAAGUUGUAUUACGGCACUGCAUAUCCUUCACCGCCACCAACGCCAAUUCAUCAAAGAUCACCGCUUGUCGGUUAUGCUAGCUGUAGUCAAGCUAACCCUUUCACUCAAAUCAAAUCACAUCCACUCAUUAGAUCUUAGAUACCCAAUUAUGAAUCAUUUAGACAAUGUAUCAACAGAAUCUUCAUUCCUUUAAACGUUUUAAUCGGGUUUUCAACUUUUGGAAAGUCUUUUACUUAUAUUUACACUCCUCUUCUUUUGUUUGAAGAUUUUCUCUAUUUAGAAUUUUGUACGAACAAGUAUAUAUU